AUGAGUGAUGCUCUCUGUGGCCCGUCCAAUGCUCUUCAAAACUUCCAGAAGCAUGCCUCUGUUGAUCGGACACUGCAACAGGACAAAUUAGUUUCGCGGCAAUCGCAUUCUCAGGGUUUUCGGUCACAAAAUCCCAACGAAGGUAUACUGGAUCCCGAAUUCACUGCGUUCGAAUCCAAUAUAACAGGAGCACCACUGCCCGAUUUACAACAUCCAGCCCACUUCGCUACGCCUCCUCAUUUCGCGGUACAUAAGCAAGUGGAGAAACUCAAUUGGGCAGCAGAUUUUGAGAGGCUACAGAUUUCCGGCUCUUCGCCUCUAGCCCAUCAACAAGGGGGCCCCGCCUCAGUAUCAGCACCGAACCUUGCACAGCAUGGCUGGCGAAAUGAUUUUCUUGCCCAACAGCGGCAACCUAGCCCUGCUCAGCAACACCAACCUUUCGCUCAAGGGUUCCAACCUUUCUUUACGCCUAGCUACCCUAUACACGAGGCUGCAGUGAAUGCUUUACCAUCAGCACAAGAUCUAAUAGCUAGCCAGCUACCAUCCACUGAAGCCUUCGAUGAGUCUGCCUUUGAAGCUGCAUUUGAACAAGCCAAGGCGGAUUUAGCGUCACAGACGGCUGAUCACGCACAAGAGCUUACCAAUGAGACUACUAAUCCGGAUGCAACUGCUACUCCUCAAGUUGAAGCCAUCAGGAUUGGUUCAGACACCAUACCCCAGACUGAAAAGGAUGACGCUAGAGCACAUUACAAUGACUCAGACGAGCUUGCUCGAACAGCGGGACAAUUACUGGAUCAUGUCAGCCACGAUCAGAGCCAGAAAUUUCGGGAGAGCAACUUUCUUGCUUUGAUGCGCCGUAUCCGAGACCGUGAGGUUCAUAUCGAAGGAGAUGAGUUCCGUGAAGUCAGUACCAGUCCGUGA